AUGACUCAGGAGGCGGAAGGAGGAACCGGCUGGGUUUAUCGCGAUAAGGACCCACCGCCAGCAUAUUCGGGCAACAACCCGCAGGGAACUUUCAAGCAGUACCUGAGAGACCUGGAGUUAUGGCAAGCUUGCACGGACGUCCCAAAAGAAAAGCAAGGCUUGAAGUUGGUGCAAGUUCUUACCCACACGGCGAAGGCGGCCGUGGACUCCAUGGAAGUCAAGGACAUCAAGGGCGAGACCGGAUACACCAACGUGGUGGCCAAGCUGAAGGAGGCCUUCGAGCCUUACACUGAGACGGCUCUUCCCAGGGCUAUGGAGGCGGCCUUCUUUGGGCCACCGAGGUCUGCCAAGGAGACGGUGGCUGACUACCUUGUCCGGUUUCAGAAGGCCCAGACGGCGCUCAAGGCAGAAGGCGUGACGCUGCCCAAGAAGGCCGAGGGCUACCUGUUGUACCGCCAGAGCAACUUGACAGCCGAGGACGACAGCAAGUUGCUCACCUGGCUGGCCGGCGACUUUGACGUGGCAGUCGUGACCCGGAACCUUCGGAAGCUCGAGCGGGUCAAGGCGGACGGAAAGGGCAUCUACUUCGGCGAGCCGGCCGGAGAUGGCAGCCUGGAUGGGGAGCCAGCGGCCGAGGUCUACUACGACGCGGGGCAGCCAGAGGAGGAAGAUGACGACGAAGACGACGACCAGUUUGUCUACAUCCAGGAGGGAGAGCUGGACCAGGUGCUGGACGAGGACGAGGUGAUGGAUGCCUUGGCUUCGUAUCAGCAGGUGCGGCAACAACUGAAGGACCAGCGCAAGGGCCGAGGUUUCUUCCCGAAGGGACGGCCGGCUGAUCAGAAGGGCAAGUCGUCUGGCAAGGGCAAGUUCGACAAGCACGGAAAAGGGUCAGGGCAGCGCCGGCUUCACAUAGAAGAGCUCAAGUUGAGGACGCGCUGCCGUACGUGCGGCCAAGUGGGACAUUGGUCCAAAGAGUGUCGGCAGGGUCGCUCGGAGCAGCCAAGCUCUACUGGCCAAAGGCCGCCGGGCUCCUCUUCUUCAGGUUCCCCCUCGAAGGCUUCAAGCUUCUAUUGGAACAGUGGGGCAGCCGCGAGUUCGGGGGCUUCUUUCUUCACCUUUGGAGAAGCGUUGCGGGCGACACAGGAAAAAGGCCGGGCCGAUGUUGCACCCUUUAUCGGCAUUGUCACCAACGAGUCCCAGGCGCUUGUCGAUACGGCGGCCCAAGAGGGCCUGAUAGGGCGGCCGGCCCUCCUUAGGCUUUGCGGGGCCCUUCGAAACCAUCACCUCCAGAUCCAUUGGGUUGACAAACAGUCGUGUGCUCGAGGGAUCGGGGGCCAGGCUCGCACCAUCGGCGUCUGUGAGAUUCCUUUGGGGAUUGGUGGGACGCCGGGGGUACUCGAGGCCACGGUGGUGUCGGAUGACGUGCCGCUGUUGAUCCCGAUCAGUCUUCUUAGGGCCCUUGGUUCGGUGAUCGACCUUCCCUCCAAUGUUCUACGCCUCACCUUUGUGAACUCCGAAGCUCCUAUGACUACUCUCCCGUCGGGCCACGCUGCAGUGAGCAUAGUUGACUUUGGCAGUUGUGGAUGGCAGUUUCCGGAAGCAUGUCUAGGGAAGCGCAAGGAGACGGACUUUCGGGUGAACACCUCUUCGGGCAGCCGUGGAAGCCUCAAUUCGAUGGUAGCCGCAACCUUCCGAUCUCCAGCCCAUGUUUCAGUCGCUGGCCCUCCGAGCGCAAGAUGGCGAAGCAAGGCGGCGCGCAAUUGGCGGGUCGUCUGCGACAAGCUCUGGUGCUUGGUGCAAUGGGGGCAUUUUCACACUACGGUGUCCCAAUGGCUCUCGACGCCCCUGCCUUCGGCAACGACGCCCUCCAUCGCGGCGCCGGCUGGGAGUUCGGGGGCUGGACCGGUGGUGCUGGCCGCGACCCAGAAGGCGCAGUUCUACAAGCGCUACCUGGAGAAGGGCCCCGAGAGGAUGGCGAAUGUGAAGGGUGUCCCGCUGGUGGCGAUGGAGGACUGCACGCAUCCUGCGCAGGAGUUGAAGGGCGGAGGCAAUGGGCACUGCAACUGGGUGCACUGUGCGGCGUGCCACGCACGCUGGAAGCUGAGCCCGCGCAGCGCGGCCCAAGUGCGGCACUGGGCCGAGCAGAUGGCGUCAGCCCCGACGGCGUGGAAUGGCAAGCGGACGGCCGGCCCCAUGGAGCUGGAUAUCGACCCGGAGCGCGAGGGCCAGUUGCUGCAGACCAUUGCGGACCAGCGCUACCGGCUCGAGCAGAUGGAGGCCCAGAUGGACCUUAUGCACGGGGAGCUGGCGGCCGAGGUCGAGAUCGCGGAGGAUGCCAACCACGCCCUGGAGCUGACCAUGACAGAGAUGAGCUUCGAGGGCAAGGCGCAGACCAUGGAGGUGUUGGCGCGCUACCGCCAGCGCAAGCAGCUCGAGUUGGAGACCCGGGCCAAGAGCAACUCGUUUCCGACGCGGGAGACCCGGGCGGAGUGGCACCAAGCGGUGCAGGCGCUGAAGGAGGCGGCGGCGCAGCUGAAUGCAUAUCACCAGAGUGUUCUCCAGCAGCGGGCGUCCGUGGCAGUGCUGAAGCAGGCGACUCCGAAGAUCAUCAAGCAGUGGCUGCGGGGCCCGAGCGCGGGCCUGGAGGACUAUGUCGCGGUCGAGGUGGACGGCAACUUGGAACGGAGGGACCGCUGGGAUAUGCAAAGGGAUGCCGGCAAAGCGCCGGGAAAAGCUUACGCGGUGCUAAAGGAGAUCCCGCUGCUCUUGCUGCACGAGGAGACCGAGACGGCCGAGAAUGACGCCGCGGGGGAAGAGCAACACCAGCUCUUGCAGCAGGGGAUCCACGCACUGGUUUCACCGAAGGAGGCCGACCAAAUGCAAGUGUGGACGGCCAAUUUUGACCAAAGCGCAGCAGAUCGUUGGGCUCUGUGGGAGGCUCGGCGACCAAAGGUGCUCAGAGCCAUUUUGGACGAGCACCCGGGAAACGUCAAUGACCCCGGCAUGGACGGCUCUGCGGCAGGAUGUACUUGCAUCUUCUUCGGCGCACCUGCUCUUCCGCAGCGGCGGCUGGUCACCAAUGUGAGCGACUGCCACCGCUACCGCAUGGCCAACCGAGGUGGCGAACUACGCGGUGACGAGGGCCUGGACCGGAACUACCAGGACGGCGGGCCCGAGAGCUAUCCCAUCGACCUCAGCAACAUCGAGGCGAUAGAGGAGGACGAGGAGGAGCAGCCAGCCGAGGCGCCAGAGGCGCCACCAUCAGGAGCAGGGCCCCGAGCCCAGAGGCCGCUACAGGUGAACGAGCCGACGGCCGAGGAGAAGGCUAGAGUGCAGAAGCUGCACCAGAACCUGGGACACCCGGACAGCGCAACCAUUGCUCGUGUGCUUCGUGUUGGGGGUGCUCCAGAUUACCUGUGGCGAUGGGCCAAGCAAAGCUUCCGUUGUCCGGCGUGCCAGGCGAACCCAAUGCCAAAGGCAGUCCGGCCGGCGUUGGUUCCGAAGAACUACGCGCCGAAUGUGGUGGUGGCAGUGGACCUUAUGCAUAUUCCUUCGUGGGAUGGCCAGAGUAUGGAGUGGUACCUGAACGUGAUCGACCUAGGCACUUCCUACCAGGCCGUGGAAAAGGUCAAGGACAAGCAGCCCAACUCAGCAUGGCACGGUUUUACCCGGGCUUGGACCCGGCACUUUGGAAUGCCGCAGAUUGUGCUCGCAGACCAGGGCACCGAGUUCUUAGGGCUGUUCCGGGAAAGGUGUUUCCAGUCCGGGACCAUCGUGCACACCAUUGGUGCCAGGAGUCCCCACCAAAACGGCCGAGCAGAACGUCACGGCGGCCUCUUCAAGAUGAUGUUGGAGAAGGCUCGGCACAUGAACCCGCCGGCCAGCUCCGAGGAGCUAAAGCUGUUGGUGAGGGAAGUGGAAGCAGCCAAGAACCGCCUGAGCGACCGCUCAGGGUUUUCCCCGGCCCAGCGAAUGCUGGGGCAGAACGCCCGUGUUACCGGCGAGCUCCUGAGCGACACCUUUAUAGACCCGACGCUUGGGGAAAUGGGCGACGAGAUGGAAAAGACCAUGACGGCCAGGAGGGCGGCACAGCGAGCCUUCGUGGAUGUGAACACUUCGGAGGCGGCCAAGCGAGCCCUUCGAGCCAGGGCCCGCACCCAACGUCGGUUUUCACCAGGAGAUGUGGUGUUUCUGUGGAGGAGCUGGCGGACCCAAGGGCAGCGCAAGUCGGGCUGGGUGGGCCCAGCCGUGGUUCUCAUGAGGUUGCGCCGGAUGUUGUGGAAUCGGGUUCGGAUCGAGGACCCGGAGCCGCCGGUUCCAGUACCUCUUCCGCCGGUUCCCGAGGACGACAUUCCCGAGGAGCCGCCUGUGCCAGAACCUCCUGUUCCUGAAGUGCCUUUUCCUCAAGAGCCCGUGGCGGCACAAGAGCGGCAACAAUCAGCGAUUUCGAGCGAGGAGCCGGAGGUGGAGCACAGAGCCAGCCACCCAUUGUCCCGAGAAGAGCGAGUUCAGGCAGGAGUCGAGGCGGUGGAACGCAACCAGCGCCUGGACGGAGCGGUCCCAAUGGCGCAACGGGCCGUGAUGGGCCGAGAGGGCGAAGGCUACCGCGCCAUUCGGGAGAACCAGCGUGGCGAGGAAGCAGCGCAUCCUUACCAAAGGCCAGCCGACGACUUCUUCGAGGAGGAGCCUGUGCUGGAAGAGCCCGCCAAGAUCGGCAACCCGCCGGCUCAGCGAGAUCGGUGGGAGCUCCUGGUUGACCGGGGCAUUGUGCGGCGACACCAUGUGAAGUGGAGAAGCCAUCUCUUUAGCCCAUGGGAGGCCAGCCGCAUGCCAGUGCCAGUUGCGGCCCUGACUUCGGAGAGGAGGACCGUGCAUCGGCACAAGGACGGCGACCAGGUGGAAGCAGAGGACGACUGGAAGUCUUUAGCGCCAAAGCGGGAGCACCGGGCUACCCGGAAAUGGAAGGGCUACACCGAGUUCUACCUCACCAGGAAGGCCGCGAAGGAGAUCAAGGAGACGAUGCCCGAGCAGAGCCAAGACAGCGGCGUCUACUACACGUUCGAGACCAUCGCCAAGGAAAACUACUUGGUGAAGAAGGCGGCUUCCGACGAGGUCAAGGAGAAGGACAUAAGCCAAGAAGAGUGGCCGCUGUGGCAAGAAGAGGACGCUGCCGAAUGGAACAAGAUAUUGGCCUCAAAUGCAGUUCGGGUACUCAGUCCCGAGGAGUCAGAGAAAGUGCGCGUCCAGCUCGCAGCCGAGGGGAAGCUCGACAGGAUCAUCGACUCGCGCUUCGUUAGGCGACGCAAGCCAUCGGAGGUUGUGGGCGAAGCGCCUUCCCUAAAGAGUCGGUUUUGUGUGCGAGGGGACCAAGACCCCGACAGUGGCGAGCUGGAGGCCUACGCACCCACGGUGAACACACAGAACCUGCAGGUGAUCUUGCAGCUGGCGGCGAGCCACAAGCUGAAGGGCACAUGUGGCGAUCUCAAGGCAGCCUUCACCCAGUCGAAUCCAUUGCUCAGGGUGCAGGGCAAGCUCUACUUCCGUCAGCCGCGGGGCGGUCUGCCGAACAUGUUGCCAGGCCAACUGGUGGAGAUCGUGGCCGGGGUUUACGGCUUGAUCGGUGGGCCAGCCCACUGGCGCAAGACGCUUACCGGCUUUAUCACCAAGGACCUGGGAUACCGCCAGUCACGUUUGGACCCAACUGUGUACAAGCUGUUCUGUGGCGGCUCGCUGGAAGGGCUAAUCAAUAUAGAGGUCGACGACCUCUUAUGUUUUGGCGGCCAGGAACAUGCCAUGCGCCUAGCUCGUCUUCGAGAGAGGUUCCACUUCGGCAAGUUCAAGGACCUCAGCGAGGGCACGAUGUUCAACGGCCGGUUCCUGCAGCAGUACCCCGACGGCAAGAUCACCGUGAGCAUGGAGAAGUUCAUCCUGGAAAGGUUGUCGCCGAUGACAAUCGCAGUGGGGCGGCGCAGCCGACCAGAAGAAGCAGCCAACGAGGUGGAGAAAUCAGCCGCUCGAGGGCUGAUCGGGUCCAUUGCUUGGGCCGCGAAAGAAGGGCGGCCAGACUUAGCGGCGACGGCAAGCAUCAUGGCUUCCAAGCUGAGCAAGCUCCAGGUGAAGGACCUCACCUUGCUGAACAAGGCGGUGCAAGAGGCCAAGGCGAAUGCGAAGCUGGAGUUGACCUACCACCCGAUAGCCCCAGAGAGGCUAUGUUGGGGUACGGCCACGGAUGCGAGCUACGUUAACCACCCUGAUGGAUCUUCCCAGGGGGCGGUCGUGAUCCUGGCGUUCGACCAGGACCUGCUGGAUGGCUGUGUGGCGAGUUGCAGCUUAGUGUGGUGGAAGAGCGGCAAGCUGAGGCGAAAGAUCAAUUCCACUUUGGCGGCGGAGACUCAGUCGUUGCUGAAGGGCCUCGGCGACCUCAUGUGGGCUAAGGCCAUCUACUACGAGCUCCUGCAGGAGAACUUCGACCUAGUGGAGUUCAAGGAGAGUGUGAAGCGCAAGGCCGAGCUGGUGUUGCAACGCGCCGACAGUGAUGAUGAACUGCGGUGGGCGCUCUCCAUAGUGGACGCAAAGUCGCUGUAUGACCACCUGACCCGUGAUGGCUCCCAAGCGCAGGACAAGUUCACGGCACUGGACGUGAGCAUCGCCAGAGAGCGCAUAGACGGUCUCGGUGUGAGGGUGCGCUGGGUGGAGCAUCAGUCUAUGAUUGCCGACUGUCUCACAAAAGUCGGCGCCAAUAAGACGGCCAUGCUGCAGCUACUCCAGAAGGGCACGUACCGCUUGGUGGCAGAGGAGGAGCGCAUGAUAGACCGAAAGGAGCGCCGCGAUCAAGGACGAGUGAAACCACGCUAG